AUGUCCGUACGAAUCACGGCCGCCGCGUUCGCGUGUUCAUUCGGCUUUGCUCUGGUCUCCCAUGGGGGGAUCAUCCUCGUCGACGACGACAUGCCGGCGGACUUCUCGACGAUCCAGGCGGCGAUCGACGCGGCGACGGACGGGCAGAUCAUCAUCGUGGCGCCCGGGACGUACACGGAGAACCUGUUCAUCAACGGGAAGUCGCUCGAGAUCACGAGCACGGACCCGACCGACCCGACGGUGGUCGCCAUGACGGUGAUCGACGCGGGCGGGGCGGGGAACGGGAUCAUCUUCAUCAGCCCGGACGGGACGCACAGCACGGACAUCAGCGGGAUGACGGUCCGGAACGGCGCGGCGUUCUCCGGUGCCGGGAUCGCGUGCUCGAACGUGACGCUCCGGCUCUUCGACAUGGUCAUCGAGAACUGCGUCUCGACGAGCUUCGGCGGCGGGUUCUUCUCGAGCGUGGGCUCGAACGUGUCCAUGUUCGACUGCCGCUUCGACUCGUGCGAGGCGCCGAUGGGGGGCGGGCUGCUCGUCAACGAUUCGGACCUGGUCAUCGCGGACAGCACGUUCGCCGGCGGCAUCGCCACGGACGAGGGCGGCGCCAUGUCGAUCGUCAACACCAGCACGGCGAUCAUCCAGAGCUGCGACUUCGAGAACAACGACGCCUUCGUCGGCGGCGCGAUCUUCGUCUCCGAGGACUCGAUGGCCAGCGCCAUCCUGUGCGACUUCCUCGAGAACAACGCGUUCGGCGCGGGCGGCGCCGUCCGGUACGAGACGGGCGUGCCCGUUUUGGACGCCCCGAUCACGAUCGAGAACUCGGUCUUCACGUCCAACACCGCGUCGAGCGGGGGCGCCGUGUCGUUCUCGGGCGAAGCGGCUCCGGAGAUCACGGGCUGCGGGUUUACCGGAAAUUCCUCGACAAGCGGCGGCGGCGCGGUCAGCAACACGCUCGGCGCGUCGACGGUCAUCUCUGGCUGCACGUUCAUGAGCAACACCGCCCCGGGCGACGGCGGCGGCGCGAUCGACAACUUCGACGCGGGCGGCGUGCGCGUGACGGGGUGCUCCUUCACACUCAACGGCGCGUUCCGCGGCGGGGCGAUCUCGAACACGAGCUUCAGCGAUAUCAUCGUCACCGACUGCUCGUUCGACAUGAACGGGGCGACGAAUUCGGGCGGGGCGAUCUACAACUCCGAGAGUGCGCCCGUGGUCACGGGCUGCGGGUUCACCCAGAACAGCGCCCUGGGCGGCGGGGCGGUGACCAACAUCUUCUCGAGCGACCCGGUCUUCCGGGGGUGCACCCUGACGAAUAAUUCCGCGGGCCUCCGGGGGGGUGGCGCGUUCAGCACGGACAACUGCGUCGUCCGCUUCGAGGCCUGCCGCUUCACCGGAAACUUCGCGCCCGAGGGCGGCGGGCUCUACAACUCACAGUUCUCGAGCCCGAUCAUCAUCAACAGCCUCUUCGACGUGAACACCGCGGACGCCGAGGGCGGCGCGAUCCACAACGACGGCGCGUCGGACCCGGAGAUCAUCAACUCGACCUUCGUCGCGAACAGCGCGAUGAGCGACGGCGGGGCGAUCUUCAGCAAUUUCAACUCCUCGCCGAUCGCGGUGAACUCGAUCUUCUGGAACAACACGCCCAACGAGAUCAACGGCGGCAACCCGACCGUGAGCACGUCGCUCGUCGAUGGCGGUUUCCCAGGAGUGAUGAUCAUCGCGCUGAACCCCGCGUUCGUGGACGAGAUCGGCGGCGACUACCGCCUGGACGGCGCCUCGCCCGCGCUGGACCUCGGCGACGUGACCGCCCUGCCGAUGGGCGUGACGGAGGACCUCGACGGCAACGCCCGCGUCGUGGGCGUCGGCCUCGACCUCGGCGCGUACGAGCGCCAGGGCGACACGCCCUGCCCCGGCGACUGCGACGGCUCGGGCACAGUCGACUUCAACGAUCUCGUCGCCAUGCUCUUCGAGUUCGGAAACGCCACACCACCGUGCGACGCGGACGAGAGCGGCACCGUCGAUUUCAACGAUCUCGUGGCCGCGCUGUUCCUGUUCGGGCCUUGCCCCUGA